CCUUACUGUAGAGAAGACACGAGCUUCAAUUUUUUGUUGUCUAGACUCUAGACUUUAGAGUUUUUUAAUAUCAGUUGGUUUGAGUUCAAAUUACAUAAAUUUGUUUAAUUUGGUAAUAUCCUUAGUUUUGUGACCAUGAAAGUGAAUGACAAUGUGAUUAAAUUUCUUGAGAGCUUAAAUUUACCCGUCGAAGCCUCUUCUCAAGAUGGUUCUGAGGUUUUAAGACAAAUCAGUCAUGAGGAGUUUAAAAAUAAACUACUACCGGCCUUACAGAGAUCAGUUCUCCGUAACCCUGAGAUUAAUCUUGAAUUGGCUUCCAAGUUGAUCAAAAAUUUGUCCCUCGAUUUGAGUCCGUACGUGGCUGAGCUUGGUAAAAUGAUUGGUGUUAAUUUAAUUGCUAAAGAUGAUGAUCUCAGAAAAAUUGCCAUUACCGGAACGCAAAACUUAGCUGCUCAAUGUACUGAUUCAGCAGCGAUUGAAACUCUUUUAAAUCUUUAUUUUGGCAUUCUAAAAGGAUCGGAAGGUAAAUUAACAAUAAUUACACAAAGAUAUGGUACCCUUAGUGGAAUAGGUGCUCUCAGUCAUCACAGUGUUCAAGAGGGCUCAUCAGCAUCAGCAUUGAGUGAAAUAGCGUGUCAGCAUCUGUUGACAUUUUUGAAAUCUGAAGUUCAUGAAGGAACCAUUGUUCAUGCUUCCAGUCAAAUGCAACUUUGGUGUCAAAAAAUUACUGUGGGUGGAAUGCCAACUGCGUUAAUUAGUCGGGUCAAGGAGUUAUGCAACGCUAAGAAUACUCAACCUCUUGUCAAAAGUGCAUAUUUUGCGUGUGUCAAUGCUGCAUUAAAUGAUGACAACGUCAACCAAGUGCUUAACUUAAUGGAUUUGCUAACAGCAUCGGCUGCAAGGGCGUUCAACGCAUCGGUUUCACAGAUUCCUAUGAUCACUGAGGGGCUAUAUGCAGCUGUUAUUAUAAUCAAAGUAUUCUAUCGAAAUAAACAACUAGAAACAAAAUAUAAAUCGACUAUGAACGGUCUUUUAGAGUUGGCGAAGUUACCUUACCUACAGGAUAAAUUUGUUGUUCAAGUACCGGCCUCAGCUCAAUUAAUGUUGCUCUCGUUUAUUGAAGAAAUAUGUCUCAAUUAUGAAAGCAAAAUCAAGGAUAAGAUCAAAUUUAUAGGUAUUCCCAUGGUACAUCUCAUGGUAUCGCCAGGAUUUUCAGAGGUCCGAAAACAAUCAAUUAAAGUAUGUCGUAAAUUGUUAGACAGCAUAAGUGAGGUGGAUUUCUAUUCAUCAUUGAUGUCAAGUUUCAAAGAGAUAUUUGUAAAACACGAGAAGACAGCAAUUUCAAACAAAGAAGAAAGUGAAACCACUGUUACAGCUGAUGGAUCAAAAUCAGUAAACAUUCAAGCUUUGAUCAAUUGCAUUACAAGUACUAGUUUAACCGCUGGUAGAUUAUCUGAGGAUCAUGUUUGUAGAGUAUUGACUGCUUCAUUUGUUGCAUGUCAUGUUCCUGUUCUUUAUGAAGCUGAACCCAAACUUUGGAUAACAAUGGUCAAAAAAUUGGCUGAGCCAAGCAAAGUAGACACUUUAAUCACCUCAAUAGCUGGUGAACUAUGUGAGUCAAUUUUCAAAGAGAAAGACAGUCUCCCUCUUCAAUGUAAUUGCAUCAAAAGUUUAGUAUGUUAUUUUCCUGACCAAUUCAUGGAUCGAAUAUUUGCUAAACUUAGGGAAAUCCUUGACAAUCCUGAUCUCCAGACAAUCACAGUUGAAGAAUUUGAAAUAUAUAAAUUUCCAGAAGGCGAGCUAUGGAAUAAAAGUGUUGUAACUGCACUUAAAGAAGAAACGCAGACGAAGAACAUCAAACGAGAAAAUAAGUUAUACUCUUACAAAGAACAAUUAGCUGAACUUGAAUUACGAAAAGAAAUUGAGGCGAAACGAAAGAAACAGAAUAAAGAAGAACCAUUAAAUGAGAAACAAAUGGCAGCCAAAAAAGCACAACUAAAAAAAGAAUCCGAAAUUCGAGCUCGCCUUAAAACUUUAAAUGAUGAUCUGAAAAUUGCCAUCCAUUAUCUUCAUUCAUUGGUUGAAGGAAACAACAUGCAAACAGCUUUUCAAGUUUACAAAGUGAUUCCUUCGCUUAUCAACCUCAUACAGUCACCUCUUUGCUCUGAAAUUAUUUCUAAUACUUUCAUAUUUCUAGCUGAGUGUUCCUUCCUUUAUAAUCAAACUCCAGAUGAUUUUGAUAAAAAAAUUGGCUACACCAUAUUACGGCUGUUAAAACCAUAUCAUCCAAUUUCAGAAGAAUGGGUUAAAGAGGAUCUUAAAGUUGUGACUGAACAAAUUAUCAAUUAUCUUCACGAGAAAACUUGUCCUCCACAAUCAAGAGACAAGUACGAGAAACGAUUGGCAUCAUCGGCUUACAUGCGAUUAACAGCUCCUGCUUUUACGUAUUGUUUCCCUCUUUUCAGUUAUCUCAUGAGAGCUGACGUAAAAGAUGCUGAAUUAAUCGAGAAAUGUUUAGAAAUAACAAUUGAACAUUCAAAGAUGCGAUUUGAAGAGCCUGAGAUUGAUGAAAAUGACCAGAUUGAUGAAAGCGCAUAUCUUAUCAAUCCUCAAUAUCUUCCUAGAUAUGAAGCUUUGAAAAGGUUGUACAACUUUUUAGAGGAACCAAUUCCUUACCUUGAACCACUCAUCAUGAAAGCAAUCAGAUCAAUUGCAAAAUCUAGUAGUGGUGAUGAAGGUUGUGCAAAACCUGACAAAGAAGAGAUUUUAUUAUAUCUGGAUAGACUCAAAAGUGAACUGGAAACUGUGCGAGAAGUCUCUCUUGACUCACUGAUAUUGAUGGCCGAUUAUCUUCGAACAAAUAAGGAGACACCAGUUAAAGUUGCUCUUCGACAACGAGGCUGGGUUGUUAGAUUCGAUACGAACGAAGAACUCGUUUGUAAAGCUCAAAGGUUAUGGGAAAUGAUUGAAAUUCAAAGUUCGCCUAUUCUCUGUUCAGCCAUAAUUGAAGAUCUCAAUGAAGCAGGACCUAAUUUAAGGUCUUCUGUAGCUUCUGCAAUGGAUGGUCUACUCUCAAUUUAUCCUAAUGAAGUUAAACCAACAGUUCACAAGCUAAUGACUUAUUAUAAGAAUCGUGCCAAGGCUCCUCCUCCAGUAAAGGAUCCAUAUGGUCGUAUUAAUCCUGAAAGUCAAAUUGACCCUUAUGAGCCUAGACUUGGGGCAGCUCUUGUUUUAACAAAAAUAGCUGGUCACCUGAAUGAUCAACUUGUGGUAGAAACAGCUAAUUUCUUAAUUCCAUUGGCUUUAGGUGACUGUAAUGAACACGUUCAAAGUCAAAUGUUGGAAGUUGGUAUUAGCAUAGCCGAUAAACAUGGGAAAAAAUGCAUGAACCAAUUGUUAAAUAUAUUGCGUAAAUACUUAGACAAGGCUCAGGAUAAUACACAAAAUGGCAUAGUUAAAAGAAGUGUAGUCGUUCUCAUGGGAACUCUUGCUAGACACUUGGAAACUGAUGAUGCAAAAGUUAAGCCGAUUGUCGUUAAAUUGAUCGAAACAUUGUCUACUCCAUCUGAACUUGUGCAAGAAGCUGUGGCUAAUUGCUUACCUCCGUUGAUACCUGCAUUUAAAGACGAGGCGCCAAUAAUUGUACAGAAAUUGUUGCAGCUUUUGCUUGAAUCGGAUAAACAUGGUGAACGUCGUGGUGCUGCUCACGGUAUUGCUGGAAUUGUUAAAGGUUUAGGUAUCUUAUCAUUGAAACAACUUGGUAUUAUGGAAACACUUACAGAAGCAAUAACUAAUAAGAAAAAUGCUAAUCAUCGUGAAGGUGCUCUUUUUGCAUUUGAGCGUCUUUGUGUUAUGUUGGGAAGACUAUUUGAGCCUUAUAUCAUACAUAUUCUACCCAAUCUUUUACUUUGUUUCGGUGAUAAGAGCACCAAGGUUCGUAUAGCGACAGAUGAUACAGCAAAGGCUUUCAUGAUCAAAUUAAGUGCCCACGGCGUUAGAUUAGUCUUACCAUCACUCCUUGAUGCUUUGGAGCAAGAUUCAUGGAGAACCAAGACAGGUUCAAUUGAACUACUUGGAGCUAUGGCCUUUUGUGCUCCCAAACAAUUAUCAUCUUGCCUACCAUCUAUUGUUCCUAAACUUAUGUCUGUUCUGUCCGAUUCUCAUCCUAAAGUCCAGCAAGCUGCUGAACAAGCCUUGAAACAAAUUGGUUCUGUUAUCCGUAAUCCAGAAAUUCAAGCAAUCGUUCCAAUUUUAUUGGAAGCACUUCAAGAUCCUGCUAAUAAAACACAAAAAUGUCUAACAACUAUGCUAAACACUAAAUUUGUUCAUUUCAUUGACGCACCAUCAUUAGCUCUUAUCAUGCCGGUUACUGAACGAGCUUUUCAAGGUCGCUCUACUGAAACUCGUAAAAUGGCUGCACAAAUUAUUGGUAAUAUGUACUCAUUGACUGACCAAAAAGACCUUUCUCCAUAUUUACCAUCGAUUAUUCCUGGUCUUAAACAAUCUCUUCUUGAUCCAGCUCCCGAGGUUCGUGCAGUUACUGCUCGAGCUCUUGGAGCAAUGGUCAAAGGAAUGGGAGAAGAAGUUCUUGAUGAACUAAUGCCAUGGCUCAUGGCUACUCUCACAUCUGAUGGAUCAUCCGUUGAUCGAUCAGGUGCUGCUCAAGGUUUAGCUGAAGUGAUGGGAGGUUUAGGUCUUGAAAAGUUGGACCGACUUAUGCCAGAAAUAAUUGCAACCUCAGAACGUAAUGACGUUCCAUCUCAUGUUAAGGAUGGCUACAUUAUGCUGUUUAUUUAUCUUCCAAUGGUUUUCACUCAAGACUUUAUUCCAUACAUUGGACGCAUUAUCAAUCCAGUUUUGAAGGCAUUGGCUGAUGAAAGUGAAUUUGUUCGUGAAACUGCUUUAAAAGCAGGCCAACGUAUCGUCAAUAUGUAUGCCGACACUGCAAUCCAGUUGCUUCUUCCUGAACUUGAACAAGGUUUAUUUGAUGAAAAUUGGCGUAUCCGUUACAGUUCAGUUCAACUUCUCGGUGAUCUUCUGUACAAAAUUUCUGGUGUAUCUGGUAAAAUGACUACUGAAACGGCUAAUGAAGAUGACAACUUUGGUACUGAGCAAUCAUACAAAGCAAUUAUUUCUUGUCUAGGACUUGAAAGGCGUAAUCGUGUUAUUUCAGGACUUUAUAUGGGACGUUGUGAUGUUUCACCAGCAGUUCGUCAAGCUGCUCUUCAUGUAUGGAAGGUUGUUGUAUCCAACACUCCAAAAACCCUGAAAGAAAUUAUGCCUACUCUUUUCCUUCUGCUUCUUGGUUGCUUAGCUUCUAACAGCUAUGAUAAGCAGAAGAUUGCUGCUAGAACAUUGGGUGAUUUAGUUAAAAAAUUGGGAGAACGAGUUUUACCCGAAAUUAUACCAAUCUUAGAACAAGGAUUAGAAUCUGAUCGAGCAGAUCAGCGACAAGGAGUUUGUAUUGGACUCAGUGAGAUUAUGUCUUCAACAAGUCGAGAAAUGGUUCAGGCAUUUGUUGAUUCUUUGGUUCCAACUGUUACUAAAGCUUUAUAUGAUCCAUUGCCCGAGGUUCGACAGGCUGCAGCAAAAACAUUCGAUAGCUUACACUCAGCGGUUGGUUCUCGAGCUCUUGAUGAAAUCUUACCUCAUUUAUUGAAUCAACUUGGUGAUCCUGUUCUUGGAGAGUAUACUUUGGAUGGUCUUCGUCAAAUCAUGGCCAUCAAAAGUCGAGUUGUUCUUCCUUAUUUAGUCCCACAGUUGACUGUUCCUCCAAUCAACACUCGUGCUAUUUCACUUCUAGCAACUGUUGCUGGUGAUUCACUUUCUAGACAUCUUGGUAAAAUUUUACCUGCACUUCUUAUUUCAUUGAGUCGAGCACUGGAUACACCAAAUGAAAAACAGGAAUUGGAAUAUUGUCAAUCAGUGAUUUUAUCUGUCGUCGAUGAACAAGGAACUCGAACCAUUGUAGAUCACCUUUUAGAAUCGGCUAGAAAUGAGUCAGUAAUUGUUCGUCGAGCAUCUGUUCAGUUAUUAUUUGUAUAUUGUUGUCAAACUAAAGCUGCCUUCUCUUCUUUGGUGCCUCAAUUAAUUCGUGGUUUGAUUCUUCUAUUCAUCGACUCCAAUGAACAAGUUCUCCAACUAAGCUGGGAAGCACUUGCCUCGGUAACAAAGAGUUUAGACUCUAAGGAACAAAUUGAAUGCCUUGGAGAAGUAAGAUCUGCUGUGCGUCAUGCAGCAAGUGAUCUUAAAAAAUCGACCCUUCUUCCAGGUUUUUGUUUAGAUAAAGGUAUCACACCAAUUUUGCCAAUCUUCCGAGAAGCAAUACUCAAUGGUAACCCUGAACAAAAGGAGCAAGCUGCUGAUGGUUUGUCCGAAGUUAUCCAAUUAACUAGUCCUGAAGCAUUAAAAUCUUCUGUUGUUAAUAUAGCUGGCCCUUUAAUCAGAAUUUUAGGAGAUCGAUACUCUUGGAAUGUGAAAGUUUCCGUCCUCGAUACUUUAUCACUUCUCCUUUCAAAAGCAGGUUCUUUCUUGCGUCCAUUCAUACCUCAACUACAGCAAACUUUCCUCAAGUCUUUAGUCGAUAAUAAUCGUAUUGUGCGCUUAAGAGCAGCUAAUGCAAUGAGUCAUUUAAUAGCCAUUCACCCCCGAUGUGAUCCAGUUUUUGCUGAAAUUCACAAUAAUAUAAAAGCACUAACUGGAGGAGAUGAUCCUUCACAAAAAGAAACAAUGUUGUAUGCUUUGAGACUUGGUAUUUUGAAAGCCGGAGAAAAGAUAACGGAAAAUAAUAGACUGGCCAUUGUAUCGACGACAACAUCAUUACUUGAUUGUAUUAACGAUAGUGUUCGAAAUGCAGCGGCUUCCUGUUUAGGAACUCUUUGUAAAUGGUUAUCUAAUGAGGAAUUAGAAAAUGUUGCGAAAGAUCAUCUUCUAGAAGAUGAACCAACUUCAUAUUGGAAUAGACGCCAUGGUCAAUCAGUAGCUCUACGAAUCGCUUUAAAAGAGGCGCCCGAAAGAAUGCUUAAACCAGAAUGGGAAGAAAAGGUCGUCAAGCAUAUCCUUGCUCAACUAGCUACAGAUCGGAUUCCUGUUGUUUGCAGUGGAGUUAAAUCUUGUGCCUAUGUUUUUCUAUAUAAAAUACCAAAAGAUGACCAAUUGCCUCAAAAUUUAGUUUCCAGUUUUGCAAGAUGUAUGAAUCACGCAAAUAAUGAAGUCAAACAAACGGUGGCUAAUUCAUCAAUAUAUUUAACUAAAAACCUCCCAUGUCCGUUCCCAAUGAGCUUCCUAAAAACACUUGUCCCCUUAUUAGUUAUGGGAACGAAAGAGAAAAAUACGGCUGUUAGGUCAAAUUCGGAGCAAGCAUUGGUUACUGUUUUGAAAUUAAGAUCAGACGAAGAAUGUGCUCAACAGCUGGUUGCUGCUUUAGAUCGUGGUGCUAAAGAAGUCCUUCAAGAAUGCAUAAGCAAAACUUUGAAAAAAGUGUUGGCACAACCAGAACCUAAAGAAGAGCAGUUUGAUGAUACUUUACUAACAUGAUUGCGCGAAUUGGAUUAAUUUUAAUUUUCUUCCCUUUCCUUUCGCAUUCAUACCUUUUUUCUUGAAUUUUCUAAAUCACUCCAACUUGCUAACUGAAUUUAAUAAAAAUAUUUUGAAGACAUUA